AUGGCCGCCUCCACCAUGUCCGUCUGCUCUGACGCUUGCACCAACUCCUCCUGGCAGGUGGAUGACUGCCCAGAGAGCUGCUGUGUCCCCAGCUGCUGCCACUGCUGCCAACCUAGCUGCUGCCAGUCCAGCUGCUGUGUCCCCAGCUGCUGUGCCCCAGCCUCCUGCCUGACCCUCAUCUGCACCCCAGUGAGCUGUGGGUCCAACCCCUGCUGCCAAUCUGCCUGCAGCAGCUGCUGCACACCCUCAUGCUGCCAGCAGUCUAGUUGUCAGCCCUCAUGCUGCACCUCCUCACCUUGUUGUGUGACCCUUUGCUGCAAGCCUGUCUGCUGCACACCCAUCUGCUCUGGAUCCUCCUGCUGCCAGCAGUCUAGCUGCCAGCCCUCAUGCUGUCAAUCCUCCUGCUGUGUGCCUGUCUGCUGCAAGCCCUGCUCCAGCGUGUCCCUGCUCUGCCGCCCUGUGUGCAGACCCACCUGCUGUGUGCCCAGCUCCUCCUGCUGUGCCUCCUCCUGCCAGCCCAGCUGCUGCAAGCCCUGCUCCAGCGUGUCCCUGCUCUGCCGCCCUGCCUGUUCCCACCAGGCCUGCUGUGGCCUCUCCUCAGGCCAGAAGUCCAGCUGCUGA